CUACGAGGACGGCCGCAUGGCCCUGUGGGACGUGCGCCGCCCUGACCGCCCUCUCACUGCUGCGCGCCUGCACUCUCAACCAGCAGUGCAGAGCAUGGCGGUGUGGAGCAGUGCGGAGCACGGCGUGUCAGGCGGGGCAGACAGAGACACCGUCUUCUUCCGCCUCUCCCUCUCUCAGGGCAGCAUGGAGGCGGUGAAGCGGGUGCGCUCACAGCAGCCCGGCACAGCUGCCAUCGCACUGCACCCUGCGGGUGGAGUAGCGGCCACCGGGGGCUGGGAUGGCAGCGUGCGCCUCUAUGACUGCGCCCUCCUUCACACGCCGCGCCCUGCCGCCCAGCUCACCCAGCACUCUGCUGCUGUGACAGCAGUGGUGUUCACGCCAGACGGCCAGCUGUGCUCCGCAUCACGUGAUGCCACCAUCGCUCUCUGCCGCGCUCGCUGA